AUGGGACAAACUGUCACCACCCCCAAAAGUUUAACUUUACAGCAUUUCAAGGAAGUCCGUGAUAUCGCCCACAACCUCUCGGUGGAUGUGCAAAAAGGGAAAUGGGACACCUUCUGUUCAUCGGAGUGGCCCACCUUUGACGUGGGCUGGCCAUGAGAUGGCACUUUUAACUUAGAAGUUAUUUUACAGGUUAAAGUCAAAGUCAUGGAUCUUGGACCCCAUGGACAUCCUGACCAAAUUCCCUAUAUCAUCACAUGGGAAUCUCUGGUCAAGAAUCCCCCACCAUGGGUAAAACCUUUCCUUCCCCCUCGGCCGAGGUCCACCCCGUCCGCCCCUUUUCUUUCUCCUCCACUAGUUCCAGCCCCGGCUAACUCUACACUUUUUCCGGUUCGUAUGAAGUCGGAUCCAAAGGAGACCUCUGGGCAAAAGAAGACACCCCCAGUGCUGCCGGCAGAUGAUGGCCCCCUUCUGGACCUCCUAACUGAACAACCUCCUCCAUACGGGAACCCGGACCCUGUACCUGUGGAGGAACCGGAGGGGGCGGCUGCAAGACGGGAACCCCAAGAAGAACCCCCCUCGUCCCCGGUAGCAGGGCGACUGAGGGGACGUCGGGAAAUAACUCCUGAUCCUUCCUCUCAGGCAUUUCCGUUGCGGAUGGGGCCAGACCGCCAACUCCAAUACUGGCCCUUCUCCGCGUCUGACCUAUAUAAUUGGAAAAAUAACAAUCCCCCUUUUUCAAAGGACCCUUCUAGGUUAACAGCCCUUAUCGAGUCCAUUCUAGUGACCCACCAGCCUACCUGGGAUGAUUGCCAGCAGCUGCUUCAGGCGCUGCUGACCACAGAGGAGAAACAGCGAGUCAUCUUAGAGGCCCGCAAAAAUGUUCCAGGAGAUGACGGACAGCCUACCCAACUACCCGUCCGGAUUGACGCUGCCGUCCCCUUGGAACGACCCAAUUGGGAUUUCUCCACCGAACGCGGUAGGGAACACCUACGUCUCUACCGCCAGUUGCUUAUAGCGGGUCUCCGUGGGGCUGCAAGGCGCCCUACCAAUUUGGCCCAGGUUAAGUUGGUGACUCAAACAUCUGAGGAGUCCCCUUCUGCUUUCUUAGAGCGACUUAAAGAGGCAUACCGUAUGUACACUCCCUAUGAUCCAGAGAGCCCAGAUCAGGCGACUAACGUGGCCAUGUCCUUCAUCUGGCAAUCUGCCCCAGAUAUCAGAAGGAAGUUAGAGAGACUAGAAAACUUAAGAGAGUGUUCAGUGCAGGAUUUGCUGAAGGAGGCAGAACGGAUUUUUAACAAGAGAGAAACACAGGAAGAGAGAGAUGAGAGACUGAAGAAAGAAGCAGAGGAGAGAGAGAAUGUGAGAGAACGUAAGAGAAACAGGGAAUUCAGUAAGUUGUUGGCCACCGUAGUGACAGGUAAGAGGCAGAAUAGACAGGACCUGGGAGGUCGAAGAAACUUCCCACUGGAUAAAGAUCAAUGUGCUUACUGUAAAGAAAAAGGUCAUUGGGUCCAAAACUGUCCGAAAAAGCCAAAGGGGCCACGCAAACUCCGGCCUCAAACUACCCUACUCAAUCUCGAGGAUUAGGGAGGUCGGGGUCAGGAGCCCCCCCCUGAACCCAGGAUAACCCUUAACGUGGGGGGCCAACCCGUCACCUUCUUGGUGGACACCGGAGCUCAACACUCAGUGCUCACCACGUCUCCAGGACCCCUGUCUGAUAAGUCAGCAUGGGUUCAGGGAGCUACUGGAGGGAAGAAGUGCCGCUGGACCACCGAAAGAAAGGUACUGCUUGCUACUGGUAAGGUGACCCAUUCCUUUCUGCAUGUACCUGAUUGCCCUUACCCUUUGCUUGGAAGAGACCUAUUAAUGAAGCUUAAAGCGCAGAUUCAUUUUGAAGGGACUAAAGCCCAUAUUACGGGGCCACAGGGACAACCAUUACAUGUCUUGACCAUUAACCUGGAGGAUGAAUAUCGGUUACAUGAGCCUGAGAGGCCCCCUGAGGGGCCUCCGGCUGAGGACAUAUCUGACUGGUUGGACAACUUCCCAUCUGCCUGGGCAGAAACAGGGGGAAUGGGAUUGCCUACCCAACAGCCACCUCUAAUUAUACCCCUCAAAGCGACCGCAACUCCGGUCUCCAUCAGACAAUACCCUAUGUCUCGAGAGGCCUACCAAGGAAUCCGGCCCCACAUAAAGAGGCUCUUGGAACAGGGAAUCUUGACCCCUUGCCAGUCUCCCUGGAAUACUCCCCUCUUUCUGGUCAAAAAGCCAGGCACAGGCGAUUAUCGCCCCGUUCAGGACCUAAGAGAGGUCAAUAAGAGGGUAGAGGAUAUACACCCAACAGUCCCUAAUCCAUACAGUUUGCUGACCGGAUUACCACCGGCCUAUAUUUGGUAUACAGUCCUGGACCUCAAGGAUGCAUUCUUUUGCCUAAGGCUCCAUCCUCAGAGCCAGUCCAUUUUUGCCUUUGAAUGGAAGGACCCAGAGUUGGGGUUAUCAGGACAACUCACUUGGACUAGGCUCCCCCAAGGGUUCAAGAAUAGCCCUACCCUGUUUGACGAGGCAUUACAUCGAGACCUGGCUAACUUUAGGGUAUUACACCCAGCCCUAAUCUUGCUCCAAUACGUGGAUGAUCUCCUCCUGGCUGCAAGAACUGAAGAACAAUGUAGGGAAGGAACAAAGGCCCUCUUGAGGGCUUUGGGAACUCUGGGAUAUAGGGCCUCAGCUAAAAAGGCCCAAAUAUGUCAGAGGCAAGUCACCUACUUAGGCUAUCAGAUCAGGGAUGGUCAAAGAUGGCUGACAAGAGCACGAAAACAAACAAUCCUGAAUAUUCCAGUGCCUAAAAGCCCAAAGCAGUUAAGGGAGUUCUUGGGAACGGCAGGGUUCUGCCGGCUCUGGAUUCCAGGAUUUGCCGAAAUGGCUGCACCGCUCUACCCACUCACCAAACCAGGUACCCUUUUCACCUGGGGGAAUGAGCAACAAACGGCCUUCACAGCUAUUAAAGAGGCCUUAAUAACCUCCCCCGCAUUGGGGCUUCCCGACUUAAAUAAGCCCUUUGAGCUAUUUGUUGAUGAGAAACAAGGCUAUGCAAAAGGAGUCCUGACUCAAAGACUGGGACCAUGGAGGCACCUGAUUGCCUACCUGUCCAAGAAACUUGACCCGGUGGCUUCAGGGUGGCCUCCCUGUUUGAGGAUGGUCGCGGCAAUUGCCCUCCUAACCACAGACUCAAGUAAGCUAACAAUGGGGCAACCGAUAACAAUUUUGGCUCCUCAUUCAGUGGAAGCCCUGGUCAAACAACCUCCGGGCCAAUGGCUUUCAAAUGCCCGCAUGACCCACUAUCAGUCCCUACUACUAGACACUGAUCGCGUACGUUUUGGCUCUGUGGUAACACUCAAUCCAGCAUCACUACUUCCCCUACCGGAGAGUCCAGAAACUCAUGACUGUCUCCAGAUACUUGCAGAGGUACAUGGCACCCGGCCUGAUUUGACCGAUCAGCCCCUCCCUGACGCCGACUUCACCUGGUACACAGACGGGAGCAGUUUUUUAGACAACGGAGAACGAAGAGCAGGGGCUGCGGUCACCACUGAGACUAAGGUAAUUUGGGCUAGAGCCUUACCACCUGGUACCUCGGCACAGCGGGCUGAACUCAUCGCCCUGACUCAAGCCCUCCAGAUGGCAGAAGGUAAGAAGCUUAACGUCUAUACCGAUAGCCGCUAUGCCUUUGCCACGGCCCAUAUUCAUGGGGAAAUAUACCGAAGAAGGGAACUGUUGACCUCGGAGGGAAAAGAAAUUAAAAACAAGGCUGAAAUACUAGCCUUGCUCGAGGCGUUGUUCCUACCCUUAAAGUUGAGCAUCAUUCACUGUCCGGGCCACCAAAAAGGGAACAGCCCUGAGGCUCGAGGUAACCGCCUGGCAGAUGAAACUGCCCGCAGGGUGGCUCAACAGGAGAGCCCUACUGUUUCUCAAGUCCUGACAAUAGAGGAAACAAUCAUAGACUCCCCUACACGAGAUCAAGGGCCUGUUUUUCAAUAUAGCCAGGAAGACCAAAACCUACUAAAAGAAAUGGGGGCUACCUACCACCCUAAGACGCAGAGAUGGACAUUAGAGGGAAAACUAGUGUGGCCCCAACGUCUGACCUAUUACUUGGUUGAUCAUCUCCAUAAACUGACCCACCUGAGUUACAGAAAGAUGAAAGCCCUUCUUGAAAAAGAAGAAAACACCUACCAUCUGCUGGGGAAAGACAAGAUUCUACAGCAAGUGGCAGAAAGGUGCACCGUGUGUGCACAAGUAAAUGCUGGACACAGUAAGGUGGGUCCUGGGGCCAGAGUUCGGGGACACCGACCCGGAACCCAUUGGGAAGUUGAUUUCACAGAAGUCAAGCCUGGACUAUAUGGAUACCGGUAUCUGCUGGUGUUCGUGGACACUUUCUCUGGAUGGGUAGAAGCCUACCCUACCAAACAUGAAACUGCCAGAGUUGUCACCAAAAAGCUUUUGGAAGAAAUCUUCCCCAGGUAUGGUAUGCCACAGGCACUGGGCUCUGACAACGGCCCUGCAUUCAUCUCCCAGGUAAGUCAGUCGGUGGCCACACUACUGGGGAUUAAUUGGAAAUUACACUGUGCUUAUCGUCCCCAAAGCUCAGGACAGGUAGAACGAAUGAAUAGAACUAUUAAGGAGACUUUAACUAAAUUGACGCUUGCAACUGGCGUUAGGGAUUGGGUGACCCUCCUCCCCUUAGCACUGUAUCGGGCCUGAAAUACACCUGGCCCUCAUGGACUCACUCCUUUUGAAAUCCUCUAUGGUGCCCCACCGCCAGCUGCCCACUUCCUCGACCCUGACAUAGCCUCUUUCUCUCGACCUUCUCUCCAAGCUCAUUUACAGGCUCUGCAAAUCGUACAACGGGAGGUCUGGAAACCACUGGCAGCUGCGUACCAAGAACAGCUAAAUCAACCUGUGAUACCCCACCAAUUCCAGAUCGGGGACGUGGUCUGGGUGCGACGACAUCAGACCAAGAACCUAGAGCCGCGCUGGAAGGGACCCUACACUGUACUACUAACGACACCCACGGCCCUAAAGGUAGACGGCAUCGCAGCCUGGGUCCACGCCUCCCACGUCAAGGCCGCCGAUCCCGAACUCCUACCCGACCACCCGGAGUCGAAAGCCAGAUGGAAACUUCACCGCACCCAAAAUCCCUUAAAGAUAAGAUUGACUCGUGGGGAGCCCUAAUAAGCUUGUGUCUAAUUUUAAGUCUAGAAAUAACUUAUGCUUCCCCUCAUCAGGUUUACAAUUAUACUUGGGUCAUCGAAAACCAAGCUGGGGAUAUAGUCAUGACAAGCUCCUCUAUUGGGGCCCAGCCCCAUUGGCCAGAUUUAGAAGUGGAUCUCUGUGCCCUUGCCCUUGGA